AUGGAGGUGUCAUCUUCAUUAGGAAUGGCAUUUCGCCACUCAGCAAUUCCUUCUUCUCUUGCAAUUCCCGCUUCUGCGUCGACGACGGAGCCACACACUCAACCUCAACCUCAACCUCACAGAAAUACCGUUAAACUUCGAAGCUCCAAACCCUUCCUCUCCGCAAGAAAAGCUGCCGCACUUGAAAUUCAUCAUGCUUCGGAUUUGCCCUCUGCUCUAGCUAGGCAUGGAGAUGCGUUGACGGUCAAAGACCUCAAUGCAGCUCUGUAUCACUUUAAAAAUUCAAACAAAUUCAAUCAUAUCUCUCAGCUAUUUAAGUGGAUGCAAGAGAAGAAUAAACUUGAUGUUUGGUCUUAUUCUCAUUUCAUGAGGUUCAUGGCAAAUAAUCUUGACGCUGCUGCGAUGUUGCAACUGUACCAUAGCAUUCAAGAUGAAUUGGCCAGAAAAAAUAUCCUUGUAUGCAAUUCUGUUCUUGGUUGUUUAAUCAAGAAAGGCAAGUUUGAUUCCGGUAUGAAACUCUUUCAGCAGAUGAAACUAGAUGGUCUAGUUCCUGAUCUUGUUACCUAUAGCACGCUUCUUGCAGGUUGCAUUAAAAUAGAGAAUGGCUAUCCUAAGGCCUUAGAGUUAAUUCAGGAAUUGCAGCACAAUAAAUUGCAGAUGGAUUGUGUAAUUUAUGGAACAAUUCUAGCAGUGUGUGCUUCCAAUAGUAAAUGGGAAGAGGCAGAAAACUAUUUUAGCCAGAUGAAGGAUGAAGGUCACUUGCCAAAUAUUUAUCACUAUAGCUCUUUACUCAAUGCAUACUCAGCAUGUGGAGACUACAAAAAAGCUGAUGUGCUGAUUCAAAAUAUGAAAUCUGAAGGGUUAGUACCAAACAAGGUCAUUUUGACUACCUUACUGAAGGUAUAUGUUAAAGGAGGCUUGUUUGAGAAGUCAAGCGAAUUAUUAGCUGAACUGAAAUCUUUGGGCUAUGCUGAAGAUGAGAUGCCAUACUGUAUAUUCAUGGAUGGCCUUGCUAAGGCAGGACAAAUACAUGAAGCGAAACUAGUCUUUGAUGAAAUGAUGAAAAACAAUGUCAGAUCAGAUGGCUAUGCUCAUAGUAUCAUGAUAUCAGCAUUAUGCCGAGCCAAGCUUUUUUGCGAGGCAAAACAGUUGGCCAAGGAUUUUGAAACUACCUCUAAUAAAUAUGACCUAGUCAUACUGAAUUCAAUGCUCUGUGCUUUUUGUAGAGUAGGUGAAAUGGAAAGUGUAAUGGAAACUCUAAAAAAGAUGGAUAAACUGGCAAUCAGUCCUAGCUACAAUACCUUCCAUAUUCUAAUAAAAUAUUUCUGUAGGGAAAGAAUGUAUCUACUAGCUUAUCGAACCAUGAAGGACAUGCAUAGUAAAGGCCAUCAACCAGGAGAGGAUCUCUGUGCCUCUUUAAUAUCCCACCUUGGUCAGGUAAAGGCUUAUUCAGAGGCAUUUUCUGUUUACACUAUGUUGAAAUAUGGCAAGAGAACAAUGUGCAAGUCACUUCAUGAGAAGGUUCUCCACAUUCUCCUAGCAGGACACCUUUUGAAAGAUGCAUAUGUAGUAGUCAAGGAUAACGCAAAAUAUAUUUCUCGUCCUGCCACCAAAAAAUUUGCUAUUUCAUUCAUGAAGUCAGGUAACAUCAACUAUAUAAAUGAUGUUGUGAAGACCCUCAAUGAUAGUGGCUACGAGCUUGAUCAGGACCUAUUUGCGAUGGCCGUGUCACGCUAUUUAGAUGAACCUGAAAAGAAGGACUUGCUUCUACACUUACUACAGUGGAUGCCAGGGCAAGGUUACUUGGUUGAUUCAUCAACAAGGAAUUUAAUCCUCAGGAAUUCACACUUAUUUGGUCGUCAGCUCAUUGCCGAGGUUUUGUCCAAGCAGCAAGUACAAUUAAAACACAAAAAUCUCACUAGAUAA